AUGCACAGCAGUGCCUGGAGUGUGGUAAAUACAAUCAUUAUGCAACGUGCUGUAGAUCAGGAUCAGACAAGUUACAAUAGAAAAGGAAAGAACCACGAAAAGAGAAAGCGAGUCAAGAAAACGACCGAGGCAGACAAAGACGCAAGUAGCGAAUCAGAUUGCGAAAACCUUUAUCAGACAGCACGACACGUCUUACAUCGAGCACAGAAACUGAGAUCAGGUAGCACUCCAGACACUGUUCUUAUCAGAAUAGGACACAUUGAAGUGCAUGUAGAACCCGACAGCGAAGCAAGUGUGAAGGUGAUGGACGAGUACCAAUUCAGAGCCCUAAAACACAGAUCAAAGGAAAUCGGAGAACUAGAUCCAAGCAAAGACAUAUUGAAGACUCUCCAAUCUGAUCUGGUAGUUAAAGGUGAAUUUCAUACAACAAUUCGAAUCAAGAAUCGAGGAGCAAAAAGCAAGUUCUUAGGGAUCGAGGGAAAAAUGGACUCUCCUCCUCUCCUAAGCAAGAACACACUAAUUGGACUGGGAAUGAUUAAGAUUGACCGAGACGGAACACCAAAGAAACCAAUGAGUUUAGAAUCAAGUCAGUUAAGCCACCAGAUGACAUUGAAGCGUUACUCAGUGAAUACAAUGAUAAUUUUCAAGGGAUAGGAUGCUUCCAAGACAAGAGUACAGGCAAAGAGAUAGAAGUCAAGCUAGAAAUGGAUCCAGAAGCUAUUCCAGUAGCCCAGAAACCACGCCUAGUCCCAUAUCAUUUGCAAAAACCUCUCAAAGAAUGGCUUUAGCAGGGAGUAAAGGAAAACAUAUUUGAAAAAGUCCUAGACGGAGAAACCAUCACAUGGCGCUCACCCCUAGUUGUGCAGCCUAAACCCAAGUAUGCUAAUAUUAAGAAUGAAGAAUUAGAAUCUCAGAUGAUCAGAGCAAGCAUUGACAAGCGAAUACCCAAUGAAGCCACGAAACGAAGUAGAUGUACCGCUUGCAUGACUGCAAGAUCUUCACGAAAUUGGACUUGA